ACAGCACAUAGCUAUGGACAAGAUAUGGCCGGACUCCCAGGCGCAUACACAACAUCUCUCCGUGAUAUACAUCUGUAUAUCUUGAGUUUCGGCUGAUCAUGGUGAUAUCUUUGACGAUCUGGCCUCUCCUUCUCCGCACGUAUUGUAUCCUUUAAAAUAUCCAGUUCACCUCGUGGAACUUCUGCUCUGAACUAGGCUUGAUGAGAAGCAAGUCCGAUGCUCUCACCGCAUCGUCAGGUACACAUCACAAUCAUUCAUAUAGCUAAUGGUCCAUCAUGCCACUCGGUCUUUGUAGGUUUUCCGCCACCUGCGCUUUCGGAGCAUAUCUAGAGAGUCACUCUGCGACGGGGACCGUUCGCUCGUUGUCCUCCCUGACUCAAUUCUCUCCACCGAAUCAGUCCAUCCAAAUGAUCAACCGGAUGAUCCGCUCACCGCCCUGACGACGUUUCGGAUGCUGACAGCUGUUUUCAAAGCGACAGGACAGCCUUAACUCAAUGUUUUGCAUGGAGGCUAAACGGGUAUUCGGUUGAGCGAGAUUGUUCUGCAGCCAGGGGAUGGUACAUUCCAACUCGAGCGCUCGAGCGCUUCAGUAUAUUCUACCUGUCCAGGAGCCCAUCAGCAUCCGAACUGCGUCGCGGGCUAGCUUGCCAACCUCCUUUCGGAUUAGAAUUGCCACUCGCAUGAGUGAUCAUCACCGUUUCAGCUGAUGAGGCUGCUCGUGAUCUCGCACACCAAAACGCAACUAUAUUUGCU